AUGGAGUGGGAAUCAAGGACUGCCAGUGGAGUAACUUUGGGUGCAGACAACUGUAUCACUCAGAGCCAGAAGCUGAAGGGAUUGAGACUUUGUUUGGACAAGGCGGAUGAUUGGGACUUCGAUGUUUUUGAGUUGGAAAAGGAGGCAGACGGCUAUCCACUUCAAGUCCUUACUUGGCACGUUUUCCAAAAGCAUAACUUGAUCGACGAGUUCAAUCUGGACAGAAUAAAGCUCAUCAAUUUUUUGAGACAGGUUGAGGCUGGACAUAUGGAGAAUCCCUAUCACAAUGCAACGCAUGUGGCAGAUGUCGUCCAAUCUAUGCACUGUAUCUUAUCAAAGGGGGGGCUAAGAAAGUUCGUGAGCCGAAUGGAAGUACUUGCUGGACUUCUCGCUGCAUGCAUUCAUGAUUUUGAGCAUCGAGGAUUCAACAACGACUUCUUGAUCAAAACUCAAGACGAUUGGGCUAUUGACUCGAAUGACAAGAGUCCGAAUGAAUCUCAUCACCUUGCUUCCGCUUGGAAGAUUUUGCGAAAUCCAGAAGCAAACUUCAUUCAUCGAAUGCCGCAUGCUCAGCAGGUUCAGUUGCGCAAGCUUGUAAUCGACAUGGUACUAGCAACAGACAUGGCCGAGCACAUGGCGAUUGUUUCUCGUUUAAAGACCGACCUUCAGAAGGUUCAGCAUCAACACUUGGAAAAUCUGAUCAGGGGUUUACAGGGUGCGAUUAAGAUAGCAGACAUUGGGCACCUUUACGCGGCUCAUCAUGUACAUGUGAAAUGGUCUGAGAGGUUGGAGGAGGAGAUGUGGCUGCAGGGCGAUGUGGAGAAAGCAAGGAACAUGAAAGUUUCCUUCUUGAUGGACAGAGACAAACCUGGAGUCACAAAGUCUCAACCUGGUCUCGCGAUCUCUUGCCUGUCGUAG